AUGGGUCGCACUACCCAAGCAGCAGCUUUCAAGAACAGGCGCGGCGCUGGCCGUCGUGCCAACAACAACAAUAACCGCGGCACUCGAGAGAAUGACGUUGAAUACAUGGCUCUCAAGCAAGAGGCCGAGCGACGUGAACGUAUUCUCGCCGAUCGACGCCGUACUACCGCCAAAUGGCGAGCCAAGAUUCCUGAAGUCCGAAAGGUCAACUUCGAGAACUUCAAGAACAGAUUCCAGGACAUCGAUGAGCCCGACUAUGCUAUCGAUGUGCUCAUGUCGGGUCCUGGUACCCAAGCUCAGAUCCGUCGAGAGCAUGCCCUUCGACGACGUGAGGAGAUGGCUCGUAUUCGUCAGAGCUACCUCUUUUUCCGCAACGCCAGCAAUGGUAUCGCCGAGGGACCUCUUCGAAAGACAGAGGCCUUCGAGAAGUCCAGACGCGACAAGAAGAGCGACAUCAUCCCAGCAUCUGAUGCUGAGAUCCAGCGUAUCCGAAUCCAGUCUCAACCUAUUCUCGGUCACUUGACCGCUCUUAUGAACGACACAGAGAAGCGAUCUUCUCCCCGCACAUUCAUGCGACCCUUCAAGUCGCUUGUACACUUCCAGCCCAAGAUGCGAGAGAUCCUCGCUACACUUGAGGACAAGUGGGCUGACUACGAAGACCUUGCUAGCGAGAGCUCCGAGGCCGUCGAGGUUGAGCCAGAGAUCAUCGAUGCUGGAGUCAAAGAGGGCGAGGAGCUUGAGGAUGAUGAAGACAACAGCGACGCCGAGUCUAUUGCAUCCGUUGACUCCAACGAGGAUGAGGACUACGACAAUCUUAUGGACAGCCCUGAGGCUCUCCGAGAUAUGCGAUGCUAUGUUGACUUCGUUGACAAGGAAGUUCUGCCCUUGUACAACCGCUUCGAAGAUGCUUCCGCCGACCGUGUCAAGUUCGACGAUCUCUGGUCCCUCUUCCGAGUUGGUGACCUCGUCUACAUGCCCGCAUCCGGUGAGACUGGCGGACGAUACCACGAGAUCUGGCGUAUUUACAGGGUGACAAGCCCUGACCCAGAGACAUCAUACCCCACCUCUGGGUGGGACUUCUUCGCAGACGAGCAGGCGAUCGAUGAGAACUCCAAGUUCAAGAUCUCUGCGUACUACAUCGACCAUGAUGGCAACAACUUUGGAGCUGUGCGACGCAAGUUUGAGAUUGAGUCUUUUAUUGGAGAGCGAUCAAUUGAGUCCCUUGAGGUCUUCCCCAUCCGAUACCGUCACGACCACAAGCAAAUGCUUAGCUCGAUGCAAGAACAGGGCCGAAAGUUCGUCAACUAUCUGGACGACCGCCACCAGCAGUACAGCGCCUGGACCUUGACCAGAAACCCCCCUUUCGAUAAGAGCGAACCCGAUGAGGAGAUCCUCCAGAGCGAGGAUUAUGAGAAGAUGCGCCACCCUGAGUUUGUAGAGAGCGAUGUCAUCGUCGAUCUCACAGAGGCAUACCAGAAGAUGCCCGAUUGGCGGCCUCGUUUCCAUCGUCUCACGAUCAACAAGGCUUCGCGAUGCGAGAUUAAGGAUGAUGAGAUGCCCAUCCAGCAAUGGUUCAACGGUGCACGCCAGACAUUGGCAUUCUCCCAGAAUGAGAUCAUCCAGCAGUCCGAUGGUGUCGAGGCGCGCCAGCGAAGAGACAACCUCGCCGUUGACGCUUUCCUUCGCGUGCGCGUCAAGGGAAGCCGAACAUUCGAGACCAACCCCAAGGCCCUCGAUCUUCGCGACGAGGACCUUGUGCUCCUUCCCAAGCGUAUGUUCGCAUAUGCUCUUCGCGAGCGACGUUUCUUGCCCAUCGACCUGAACGUCCUCAAGCCCGUGCGUCGGGAGCCCGGCGUUUUCGAGAACCUCCGCAUCCAGCGUGACUACAAGGACGUUGUUCGCGGUCUGGUUAUGUCCCAUUUCCAGAGGAAGCAACUUGAGCGCAAGUAUGCCGACGUCGCGACUGAGGGACCCAGCCAGGAUUUGAUUCAGGGCAAGGGUCGCGGUCUUGUGGUGCUGCUGCAUGGUGUUCCUGGUGUUGGAAAAACUGCCACGGCUGAGGCUGUGGCUAUGGAGAACAGAAAGCCUCUGUUUGUUAUCACUUGCGGUGAUCUUGGUCUCACGCCACAUGCGGUUGAGUCGUCGCUCAAGAACGUCUUCCGUCUCGCCCACCUGUGGGACUGUGUUCUCCUGCUAGACGAGGCUGAUGUUUUCCUGACUCAGCGAUCCAAGCAGGACAUGAAGCGUAACGCUCUCGUCUCUGUCUUCCUUCGAGUUCUAGAGUACUACAACGGUCUUCUCUUCCUCACCACCAACCGAGUCGGCACCAUCGACGAGGCGUUCAAGUCUCGUAUCCACCUGUCUCUGUACUACCCUCCUCUGGACAAGACCCAGACACGCGAAAUCUUCCGCCUCAAUAUCGGCAAGCUCAAGCAGAUCGAGGCCGAGCGCCACCGUAUGACUGGCGAGCCCGCGCUCAUCAUCAAGGAGAACGACAUCAUCGAGUUCGCCACCAAGCACUUUGAGGAGUUGGCCCGAUCUACUGGCUGCUGGAACGGUCGACAGAUCCGAAGUGCAUUCCAAAUUGCUUCCAGCUUGGCCAUCCACAACUACUCCAACCAGGCUGAACUUGCGCGAUCACGGGGCCAGAGCCCUCCCGCGGCGCCUGUUCUGGAUAGAACCUGGUUCGAGAAGGUGCAGUUGUCUACACAGAGCUUUGAUAGGCACAUGAAGAAGGAGGCUGGGAACUUUGAUAGCGAGAUGCCACUCCGAACCUCAUUCCAGGAGAGCAACUUUGACUAA